GUAUGAUUACUUUGCAAAUGUCCGUCAAAUUUAUCGGUCACUCAUUGAAUUACGCAAACGUGUUGUACAUACACCUUCAACUGUGACGCAACCUUAAUGUGGACUUUAAUAUUUGGUUAACAUUAUAAUAUCGCGUGGAAAUAGGGAAGUCGGUUUUUACUUCAUAUCGAACAUGGGAGAGAAAAAAAAACGUACAAUCGCCGAACACCAAGGUUGGACUGUACUGUGGAUUCAAAUAAUUCUUAUAUAAUUUUCCACACAAAAUAUGCAAUAUGCAUGGCGAUUUAAUUCAAGGAAAAAAAGUAGCUGCGUCUAGAAUUUAGACGAUCAGAUUGUUUCCGAUGUUAAUUGUUACCUGGUACUUGAAAAUCGCUCGUAAGAAAAUGGUUAGAUUCAAUUUCAUGAAUUUCGCGAGAAGAAGGAUACCGAUCAUCGCUUGGUUUCCGACCUACACAUGCAACGAUGCUUUCAGCGACGUCGUUGCCGGCAUUACGGUUGGCCUGACUCUAAUUCCCCAGGCAAUCGCUUACGCAGCAUUGGCCGGUUUGGGAGCACAGUACGGGCUGUACAGCGCGUUUGCUGGAAGUUUGGUUUACAUCGCCAUGGGUACAUGCAAAGAAGUAAACAUUGGACCAUCGGCGUUGUUAUCUCUGCUGACUUACACAUACGCGAAAGGAGUUCCCGAAUACGCUGUUCUACUGUGCUUCCUUUCGGGAUGCAUUACCUUGGCUCUCGGACUUCUGCGACUUGGUUUUUUAGUGGAACUCGUUUCUGCACCUGUGGUAUCUGGGUUCACAUCGGCAGCCAGUCUCAUAAUCGCAUGUAGCCAGAUAAAAGGUCUAAUGGGUGUAACGGCGCAUGGAGAGGGCUUCAUUGAAAUUUGGCAAGGGCUUUACGAUGCGGCUCAUACCGCCAGAAUGCCUGAUUUGAUUCUUGCCUGUUGUUGUAUCAUAGUCCUUCUCUCAUUGAAGAGGAUAAAGGACAUCAAAUCCGAAAAUGCCAAUAUGACAAGAAUUUUGUGGUUCAUCGGAUCUGCCAGAAACGCCUUGGUCGUCGUUGUCUGCGCUGUUACCGCUUACCUCUUCCAGACGUACUCGGUCGUUCCUUUUCUCUUGACUGGGCAGAUCCGCGCGGGAUUACCCAGUGUGGGUCCUCCUUCGUUUUCUCUUAUCUCAGGGAAUCAAACGCUGGGCUUCUUUGACAUGUGCAAGGCCCUGGGCACUGGUAUAAUCAUCGUACCCUUGGUGGGUAUAAUUGGAAAUGUCGCGAUUGUCAAAGCAUUCUCCCACGGCAAAUCUAUGGAUGCGACACAGGAGUUAUUCACGUUGGGUGUAUGCAACAUCGUGGGUUCUUUUUUUAGUUCAAUCCCAGUGACUGGAUCAUUCUCUCGAAGUGCAGUCAACAAUGCUUCCGGGGUAAAAACUCCAUUGGGUGGAUUAUACACAGGAAUCCUGGUCAUUUUGGCACUGAGUUUGUUGACCCCCUACUUCUAUUACAUUCCAAGAGCUACAUUGAGUUCGGUGAUUAUUUGUGCGGUGAUAUUCAUGGUCGACAUAGACGUGAUCAUGCCGAUAUGGAGAUCAAGCAAAAGGGACCUCAUUCCAGGCUUGGUCACUUUUCUCUCUUGUUUAUUCGUUGGCGUUGAAUCGGGUAUCCUAAUUGGAGUUGCUGUUGACCUUGCCAUCCUAAUUUACUUCGAUGCCAGACCCCACAUGGAGGUGGAACACAGAAACCAAUGCGACCCAGAUUAUGUGAUAGUCCGUCCAGGUGGAUCACUUUCUUUCCCAGCGAUUGAUUACUUAAGAGAACAUUUGACAAAAAAUUUGGUCAAGAACAAAAGGAUCAUGAAGAACCAAAAGCAAUUACCCCACAUAGUUUUGGACUGCAAACAUAUAUACAGAAUAGAUUUUACCUCAGUUCAGGGAAUAAGCGCAACAGUCUCGGAUCUGGCGCAGCAGGGUUGUCAUUUAAUAAUGCUGUAUCCCAGACAAAAUAUUUUAGCUAGCGUGCGAUGCCUGGUUAAAGAGCCGAUUUUAUCAGCUCAUUCCGAAACAGAGCUGAUUUCGAUUCUCAGGCAACUGGAUGCGAAGAGCGCGUCAGAGGAUGAAACCAGAUUGGAGAUAAAUAAUUUGACAAAUUCAACAUCCAAAUCAAGGAUAACAGAUCCUGAAACCGCCAGCACUAAUCUGUGAUAUUAUGUAUUCUGUAUUAUUUUGUACUUUGUGUCUUCAGAUAGAAGUAAGUAAGGCAUUACAUGCUUCUUUACCUUUACGAAGUGUACUAUACGUAUAAUACCUAAACCAGAAAAGUCUUAGAUUAUCCCAACUGUAAAUAUUAAACAUUAUUGCCAUAUAUUCAUCUUCCAUUUUGUAACUGGGAGACAACUAUACAAGCUUUCAGUACAUGAGCCGUAACGAGUCCAAUCGAUGAUGUCUGUUAUAUUUUGUGUCAGUGUGUCUAAUUGAGUCGACACAAUAGUCAGUAGAAGUGAAUGAGAUGAUCGUGAAAAUGACGAUAAUACCUUGCAAAACACUUAUUUCCAAUUAUAAUAUAAGUGUAAAACAUACAUGUAGUUGAACAAAGGGUUUAUACAAGAUAUGCGUUAUUCAUGAACAUGUUCAAUAUUUUAUUGCGAAAAUAAUUUUUAUACAGCGUAUUCCAUGAUUCGUCUAUGUAUAAAAACCUUUUCAUUAUCCGUAAAGUGAAUAAAGAUGACUGAUUUUAA